CGCACAGGACAGUUCAAACGUAAUAGUUCAAGAGACUAGCAGUCCUUGUACUUCCGGUUCUUGUUGCCGCAAAACACGGGUGAUUCCGAGGGACCAUAAUCAAAUUCGGCAGAGCCGAAACCAAGCAAACCAAACAGUACCAGUUUAGGAUUCUCCCCUUGUUAGCCGUAUACUUCUUUCGUGAAAGCUUUGUGCUUCAGCCUGCUCUGAUCUUUCCUGCCGGCGUUGCGCGCGACAGCCGCUUCCCACCAUGGCGGCACCAGCCACGGAGCAGAAGCCAUGGGAGGGAGGUGUGCUCCUAUACUGCGGUGGAACGGACUACGCGCAGCUUGGACGGACUGGCGGCAAGACUAAGAAAGAGGAUCUGGACAAGGAGUCAAACUACCCUAACCUGCUGCGCCCCACGCGGCUGAAGACCUUCAAUGAUGUGAAGGUUAUGUUCAUCGCUGCGGGACCAGCGGCUUGCCACUGCUUUGCCGGGGACUCGGCGGGUAACCUUUAUAGCUGGGGAAGAAACGAGAAAGGCCAGCUGGGCCACGGUGACUUUGCGCAACGCAACGUCCCCGCCAAGCUUGCUGCUCUAGAUGGGAAGUUUGUGAUUGGAGCCUCCGGGGGUCGCAACCACAGCGCCGCCGUGUGCCAGGACGGCAGCUCCUUCGCCUGGGGCAUCAACCAGCACGGCCAAUGCGGUACGGGUGUUGUGAAGCCCGCCAAGGCGCCGCUCAAGGAAGACAUCAUCCUGACGCCCACCCGCUGCCUAAUCGAGGGCUGCACCCAGGUGGCGUGCGGCAUCGACUUCACCAUGUGGAUCUGCGACGGAAGGGUGAUGACUGCGGGCAACGGGCAGUACGGAGUGAUCGGGGACGGCAUCGACCACUCGUACAACGCCAAAGACUCCAGCAUCCAGAUCCUGUACGAGGCGGUCGCCACCCCCCGCCGAGUGGCGGGUCUGGACGAGGUGCGGGUGCUGCGAGUGGCGGCGGGACACAGCCACUGCCUGGCCAUUGACGACCAGGGCUCCUGCUACAGCUGGGGCAACGGAGGGUACGGCAGGCUGGGGCACAAGAUCCAGCAGGACGAGGACAAGCCCCGCAAGAUCGAGGUGUUCACUCGCCGCAACCUGGUACCCAGCGAUGCCAUUCUGGCCGCCGGCGGCACCUCCUCCUUCUGCACCGGCGUGGCGGGUCAGGUGCACUGCUGGGGCAAGCUCAAGGUCAACGGAGACAACCAAAUGUACCCUGUUCCCAUCAACGACCUGGUCGGGUGGAACGUGCGCAGCUUCGCAUGCGGCCCCGGCACCUUUGCAGCCGCCGCUGACAACUCGGUGAUCACCUGGGGGGCGGCGACCAAUGGGGAGCUGGGCUUUGGACCCAACAAGAAGAGCAGCGCCAACCCAGCAAAGUGCGAGCCCCUGGACGGCGGGCACACGCACCAGGUGGCUUGCGGCAUCGGCUUCACCCUGUUCCUCGUCGACCCCAGCCACUCCAGGCUUCCCGAGGCUCCGGAGUGGGAGAGCUCAAUACCCGUGGAGGAGGCGCCUGCGCCCGAGGCGUUAGCUGCAGCGGGAGCCAAGGGCGGCAACAAGCGCAAGGCCGCUGGGGAGGGCGCGGCGGGGGCGGCUGCCAAGGGCAAGAAGGCCAAGUAGAGAAGCGGCGGUCGAGUGCGCAGCGCUUCCUCUUGUAGCUGUCUUCAGAAGGGAAAAAAGGAGGAGCAGCGGUGGGAAUCAGUUAGCCAUCGUUACAAAUAGCAGCAAGGAUGUCUGCAGUACCUAGGGUCUUGUUACCUUUGUUUGAGGAGGGGGGUAAAGAGGAAAUCAACUUUAGUGAGGAAGGGGGUGUUGGGAUGGGGGUCGGCAUGCAUGGUACCUAGGGGUGCACUGCUACCAGCAGGGCUGCAGGGCGUAGCUGCGGCGUGGUGCAGAAAUGAUGCCUCUUCAAGGGGGCUUUUCGGCCGUAGGCCAAUGACCGACCUUCAGCAAAGCGACACCACGAUAUUGAGAGACUUUAAAUGUUUGGAGGAAAGCACGAUAUGGUUUUACAGGGACCUCUCUAGGACUGGGCGAAUGUAGGGAGUUUGGCAUCCGCGGGAGUGGCGCUUAGGAGGGGAAAGGGACUGGGUAUGGCCCCAUCGUUGGCAGUGGUAGUGACGACUGACAGAGAUCUAAUUUCCCCACUGUUGGCUAGCGCAGCGCUGGGUGCUCUGGGUGCUUGUUUGACGGGCAUCUCUCUCGCAAGCUUUCGUCCCUGUUGUAUUGCCGUAUCAUCAUACAGCAAUUGCGUCUGCCGUACCUUGAAAGACCACACCCGUUACGGAGUUGGCAAGCCUCUUGGCACGUCAUACUCGUGUACUCUAGCUUGUUGAGCCUAAGAUGAUUACGCCACUGUCGGCAACGAUGAUGUUGUGGGAUGGUCAAUGACCAGCUUGGGGGGGGGGCGCAAAACUCAAGGCAACGGGCUGUCGGAGGGGCGGUCGCCUUUCAGACAGUGGCUUCCUUGCUGCGGGGCCUAGUGCACGGUUACGUGGCUUCCGAAAAUGUACAAAGAAACGACUUCGUUUGUCGCCUGGAGGGUGCUGGACCUAAGGCUUUGCGCGGGUUGCCUACGUUGUCUCCCUGUGACAUGUCAGGCGCAGAAAAUCCUCUGUUGCCGUCCAUGUGUUACCAACAUUUCAGACAAAUACCUAAGCCCUUUGCUAUUGUCGUUUAGACGCCGUACGGCCAUCAGUGGAUUAGAUGCCUGCAGACCCUGAGCAGUCUCUGCACUCAUGCUGUGUCUGCCUAGCCUAGGGGCCGUCCGUCAGUACUAAUGGAGCUAUUGCAUUGAAGCACCCUUAACUUCACUUGACGCCCACACAACGUAAAAGGGGGAUCAUGGAAAAACCAAAAGUACGGUAUUGUGGUGAUGGG